UGGACUUGGUUCAGCCCUAGGGGUUACAGGAAGUUGUAGCUACCAUGUUUAGCUGCUUUGUUGUAGAUUCCUUGUAGGUUUCCUGCAGAUUUUAGCCUAAGUGUUGCAAUGGAACCGAGCUGGAGUACGUUUUUAUUCCAACAGGCCAAUGAGGCUCUGCAUCACCAGCACCAAGUAGCCGGAAACAGCCUCUUGCCUUUGCUCAGUUCUGGAACAGAGCCGCCUGAUCAGAAACCGGUGCUGCCCAUUCCCUUGGACCAGAAACCCCCUGUCAGUGCUGCAGAACUUCUUAAAGACAAUGUGGCUAGUGGAACUGGGGGAGGAGGAGGUGGAGGUCCUCCAGUUGCCGUGGUCAAAAAGGAACCCAAAUCAAAGACGCCCUUUAUCUGUGGCUACUGCAACAAGGCUUUCCGGGACAGCUACCACCUCCGGCGGCAUGAGUCUUGCCAUACUGGCAUUAAGAUGGUUUCACGGCCUAAGAAGACACAAACAGCGCCCACCAUGGUGCCACUCAUAUCCACUGUACCACGUGAGAAUAGCGGAAAUCCUUCAUACAUUACUACAGUAGCUGGUAUCCUGACUACAGCCACAACGUCAACAUCCACAGGCACCAGCAUCAUGACCCCAAUGCAACACCAACAGCAGCAGAGCAUCCCUAAGAAGCCACCCAAACCAGUGAAAAAGAAUCAUGGUUGCGACAUGUGUGGUAAGGCCUUCAGAGAUGUGUACCACCUAAACCGCCACAAGCUGUCGCACUCUGAUGAGAAGCCGUUUGAGUGUCCCAUCUGCCAGCAGAGGUUCAAGAGGAAGGAUCGCAUGACAUACCAUGUUCGCUCCCAUGAUGGUGGAGUUCACAAGCCUUACAUUUGCUCUGUCUGUGGCAAGGGCUUCUCCAGACCUGAUCACCUAAGCUGUCAUGUCAAGCAUGUCCAUUCCUCAGAGAGGCCAUUUAAGUGCCAAGUAACGGCCUGUACCUCCGCCUUCGCUACCAAAGACCGUCUGCGCUCCCACAUGAUCAGGCAUGAAGGCAAAGUGACCUGCAACAUCUGUGGCAAAAUGCUAAGCGCUGCCUACAUCACAAGUCAUCUCAAGACGCAUGGUCAGGCCAGCUUCAGCAACCCAUGUAACAAUAAAGGCAUAAGUGACUGGCAGUGGAACCACUCAGGGCCACGAAAAGGUGAGUUGACGGUAGGAGAGAUUUUAAAUAACUCCUUCCAAGUCCUAAUUGACAACUCUCACAAAGAUGCCAACAAUGUGCAUAACAACUCGGCCAGUACGACGCCUGUCACAAACUCUGCAGCCAUCACCUCGUCUGUGAACCGAGGUGGCAUUGCCAGCAAUCCUGUCACCAUCGCUGCUCAGAUGAACAUCGCCACCAGCACGGUCAAUAUCACGUCACCGGUCAACCUGCAGCACCCUGUCACCAUCACUGGCCCUGUGAACCUGGCCUCCGUCAAUAUCCCUACAACAGCACACAUGAAUAUCGCCCACCCAGUGGCUAUCACCACUCCCAUGUCCAUGAAUAUCACCGGGCCACUCAAUAUUGCCAUGAGGUCCAUGGAGAGCAUGCCUUUUCUAUCCCAAGUUCUGCCUUCCUCCCCUCCUUGGUAGAAACUUUUUUUUUGCCUAUAUAAGAGUCGAUAAUGUUUUAACUGCCUAAUAAUGGAUGAGACUGUCAUAUCUUAGUAAAAUGGCCUUUUUAUGGGUUGAUAAUGUCUUAAACCUGAAAAGGUGAUAACUUAUUCAACCACAUAGAUAGUAACCAAUAAAUGCUACUUGCAGGAGUGAUAAUUACCACGUAAUUUGUUAAUUUUUAAGUUUAUUUGUAUUUAUAGAAGAAAAAAUAUUUCAAAUUCCAUUAGUCAAUGAUAAAAAAUAAAUAAUUGUUUGCUUAAAGUCACCCGUUACAGAGUAUUAACCUAAAUAGCAUGUGCGAUAAAGUUUGCUGCCCUCCACAGGAGAAUCUGUCAGAUUAAUUGUCUAUUUUAGGGAUGGGCAACAUGGAUACACUCGUAUAUCAUAGCAUGUUUUUUAUUAUUUUUAUUUUAGAUAUUGUAAUAUAGGACAUUACUAGACAUUUAUUGGACAUUUUUAAUUGAUACUAGAUGGGAGAUUCUGUUUUGGCAAACCCAGUGAAUUAAUUGUCUGACAAAUUAAGGUACUUCAUCACAUUGAUGCAAAAAAUCUUGUAAAUCAAAUAUAACCAUAAAGUACGUGGAUUUGCAACAUUAUCCACACUGGCCUAAUACACCAAAAUGGAGAGAUACCUCAGUAUAAACGAUAAGGCAGAAUUUCGAUGGAUAUCAAGUUGUUACAGUCUUGAACUAUAUAUCAUCAUAUCGCUCAACCCUAAUAAAUGGUGUUACUCCCAGCUGUAUAGUUAAUCUAAUACAUUGGUCACAGCUUUUGAUAAGUCUUUGUCAUUCCUAUUAUUUGGGUUUCUGAGGGCCAUGUCAGUCUCAAAUAUCAACAGAUGAAGUAGUUUGGCAAAAAAAAAUCAUAACUUAAUUUUUCUCAUAGUUAUCCACCACAUUUCAUAGUCUUCAUCAGUUGUUCUAGAGUUGUCAUUGUAUGAUCGAAGUAUGGAACCUUUUAUGGGGGGGUGGAGGAAUAUAACCACUGUGUCUGUUUAAAAAAUGGUCUUUAGUGCCUGAUGUGAUUAGCCUCCAAUCUCCAUCUACUGAUCAAGACCAUGAUUUAUAGUUGAAAGCUCUAAAAAAAAGCUAGCAAAUGGUCCUGAAGUUAAGAUUAUUUUCCAGACUAUCUCCAAGGUGAAGAAUGAAUAAUCGCUUGGAUUGGUUUGUUACCUCUACUGCCUGAUUUACCCAAAUGAUGUCACUGGCCACCGAACAUUUCAGAUAACUUCUUUUACAUGGCACCGUAAUCCCAUGAUGCAGUUGGAGGUAGAUGUUUGAAUGGUGACAUUUUGUGCUGAUAGAUAUUCUCUGUAAAUAAUGACCAUUUUAUGCCAAAGAUUUUUUAGUGUUUUCUCCCAAAUGCUAUAUUUUAAAAGAUGAGGGAAAACCUUAAAACGUUUAAAACAUCAUAGAACGCUAGAUUCUCCUUUUUAAAACAGAGUUAUAAAAUUGCCGCCUCAAGUGGGGCUGUCUGACUCCUGUCUGACUGAUCUUUCAUUAGAAGCCAACAAUACCCAUUAUAUUAUUCCAAUAAUGUUUCAUUUUGCAUUAUUUAAAUAUGUGAUCAUGUGUAUAUAAUUAUUUGCAUUACUGGCAGUUCAUCACAUGAACAGGUUUCAUUACACUUUAAAACCAAAUGAGUAUUUUCUUUCACUUUGGUUUAAAAUUAUUGGGCAGUUAUUACAAUAUCAGCUGCUACAUUGUCACCCUUUUAUUUAUCCCUUGUCUACUGCUUUUUUAAAUGUGUAGUUUUUUACAAUGACAAAUAGUUGAGGUUGAGCCAGCUCAAUGCAGCAGUGUUGGCAUUAAACUUAUAUGCUGUGGAGAGGCAAACCUUUUUCCAGGAUUCUUUCAAGGUGACCACUUAGAUGAUUUCUUUAAGUGGGCAUUUGGCUUCAAACAUGGGAGAUACAUGAUACCUUACUAUACCUUAGGCUUUGUUUAUUAGCUCCUUAAAUGAAAGUGUAUUGCUGGAGUUGUUCUUAAAUGCUUCCUCUUAAGGCAAUUUUUUUUUUUUUUUUCUGUUAUUUUAGUGGACUUAUCAGUAUUUGAUAGUUUAUGUAUUUAAAAGUUAAAUUACAAAAAAACAAAGCUUCCAUUUCGGGGGUGAGUGAGAUUGUGGAUUUCACUGAUGGUGCAGAGAUGCUGUUUAGAUCCAUCAACCCCCCUCCCUUCAGAAGUUUAUCUGACAUCUGUUUGGGGGAAUUUUGUAUGUAUUUAUAUCAGGACAUGACCGCAAAUGGACAAUGACUUGUACUGAAAGCAUGUCACUUAUGAUUUGCCCUUAAAAUGGCAGUAUUAUCAAAAGUCAAAUAAUUUAAAAUUUUGAUUAGAGGUCUUAACUGUAGAGGUCAAGAGAGCUACCCAGUGGCUCGUUAUACUGUACUACAAACAAUGUCCCAAAUGUAAAGCCUCUGAACACCCACACAGGUGUUUUCAGUUAUUCUGGCUGAUUAGACUCUUUUCAUGUUGAGCUUUGAUGGGAACUUAUUAGGUUAAAAAUUCUUUCUACCAAUAAGGAUGAAAAAGGUGUCAUUUGUCCCGCCCUAACAGGUGCAACAACACUAACCGAGGACUCAGGAAGAUGUCAAUCACUCAGUCUAACCACACCCACACAGUCCUGGAAAAGGUCCAAUCAGCCACAUUAACAAUAAACACCUGUGUGGGUGUUCAGGGCCUUUAACUUGUGGUAUAUUCAGCUGGUUAGAUUGUUUACUUUAGCAGGUAUAGGAUCCCAUCACUGUCAGUCAAACUCAGGAAGGUUACUGAGAAUAGUCUUUUACCAUGUUCAACAAUUUACACACUGACCAUUUCUUUGUAAAUAUGAAACACUAUUUUAUUGCCUUUACCUGUGGGAGAGGGAGCAUCUCUCUACUUACCAUAGGCUAGCAAUGCAAGAACUAUAUUACCGCUGAUGUGGCCGUCCAUUCCGCAGAAGAGAGAGAAAAUGAGCAGAGACUAAAGGAUAAGGCUGGUGUCAGUUUUUUUUUGCAUAAUCAGGAAAAAUCCCAUUAAAAUGCCAAAAACCACCAUUUUAUUCUACCAACAAGUAUCAUCUGUGUAGCUACGACUUGACAUCACAGCUUGUGCCUCCAAUACAAUAAAACUCCAUUGAUGACCAGAAACUAUUGCAAACACAUUAAGGGCCAUUAAGGCCAUACCGUUGAAUUGGUUACCAUGCUUCAUUAACAUGAACACUUAUUCCCCUCAGAUUGUCAAAACACUGGUGCAUGUCAUCAGUCCCACAUGGUGUUACUCUCCGAGACAAAGUGAAGCCACAGAAUUCUUUGAGUAUAAAAACCAUGUUAUUCUCAUUGAAUGAGUAUGUCAGCACUAUGGCCCUUGUUUGUAUUUUAUUAGUUUUUAGCAAAUGGGGUUCUGUGGCAGUGUUAGCAAUAUCAGUCUGUAGCUACACAGAUCAUACCUUGCAGGAUAACUCAUUGUUGGUUGUGAUUUCUUCAGGAAAAAUAUCAAUUAUUAUAAAGAGACAAAACUCCCACUUGAUCCUUUUUAAGCUGAAUUUUCGCUUUAGAUCUCACUUGCCUAGCUCAGUAUUUUAUUUUUUUUUCUUUUCUUUCUGGCAGUUCAUCUUUACUGAAAAAUUGAGGCUGUGAUCACAAAGGAGGCUUUAUAUCCUGCUCAAAGAUCAGGUGGACUAGUUGUAUCCCACAAUAGUCUUAUAGGGAUGUGGCACAAAUAAAUUAAUUGAUUCAUUGUAUGUGCAUUCAUUUUCAGCUGACAUAAAUAGCCCCCUGACGAUGGACAUCUUAAUGCCAGAACAGACCUUAACAUCGUAGCAGAUGAAAGUCUUCCUUUCAUGCCUUAACCCACAGAGGACCAGAUACUUUGACCAUUAUUCGAUCAUUUUCUCAUUCAGAGUCUAUUCUAUUCAGCAAUCUGAGAUGAUCUUGAAUGCAGUAUCCGUAGAAAGGACCACCUACCUUCAUUUACAUGGUCAGUUUUAUCAUUGAAACGCUAAAGGUCUGUCACUAUGUAUGUGUGACAGUUGUUAUCAGGGCCAGAGCUGAACAGGCAUCUGUUUUUUUGGUCGCUGAGUUUAGUAUGCUUCUAACAAAGGUUGAAGGUUGUUGCAUCUCAUCAGCCAUGUCUAAAGACAAAGUGUUUCUUCAUGAUCUGAAAGGCCAUAGGCCUAGGUCCCGAAUUCCACCUAAAUAGUUUCGAGAACGUAUGCUUGUCACGACCAAGCUCAUGGACAGUGACUGGAAAAAAAUAAGAGUGAACAUGUCAAGUCUCUUAUGUGAUCUCGGCCUCAACAGGCAGGCUCACAUAAUGCCCUACAAUUCCCUGAGGGAGUUUGUCUUAAACAUGAGUGAAUUAGUUCGUAGAAGCCUGUUUGUAGUUACGGGCCUUUUUCAGUGCAGGAACUCUGAAACACUUGCAGCAAUCUGUAGGAUAUGCACACUACAGAAGAGUGGUACUUAGGGGCCCCUUAAUUUCAUUGUAUGCUUGCGAACCCUGUCCAUCAAAGGAAAUGUUCUAAUUUGGAAUGGCAUCCUGAAUUUAAUUCAUUUUAAAUCUUUAUUUGAUUUGAUUUUUUUCAGUGUUGCAUGUGUAUGACUGAGCUUGUCCAGUGUAGGUUUCAGUUCAACAACCAUUAUUAAAGGCUAGUGAUUUUUUUAUGAAAACAAAACACUAAAACAUUAGGAUGAAAGGAAGUGUGUAGUGUCAUUUUUCCUUCUCCAGUGGCUGUUAACAAGUGUGCCUGAAAUACUUUGCAAGACUUUUCCACAUGUUAAUGCUUCUUCCUCUAGGCGUGCUGUGUGAUGGAAUAGUUUUGUGAGGGAAGCCUUCAUCAGUUCAGACGGCCAAGGGCCCCACAGGUCUGGCAACCAAACUAUGUUGUAAAAAGCUUUUUUUAUUUUUUGAACCUAAUGAUUGUGAAGUUAUUCUACUUCAGGAACAACGUUGAAACAUGAGUUGAGAUCUUUACUUGGGUCAAGGUAAAUAUAUCAGUGACAUUUAACCAUGUGGUUUAUUUUUUUAAUUAGACUCCAAACUAAUGUGAAAAACCUUUGGCCAAAUAAUGAUUUGGAAGAUUGUGAAGUUUGUGAUGAAUUUGGCAGAUGUGAAGGCAAAUGAAUGUAUAUCUUUGUACAAAAUAAUUUAGUUCAGAGGACAUGUUAGUUAUGACAGACACAUGCAAGAAAAAAAUAACCUUUUAUAAAUCUUUUUGUAUUAGAACAUUAACAUGGUAAUUUUGUAUAUAAAACUGCUAGGCUUUCUGAUUAGCAGAAAGGUAAAACAUUCCUACAUUUUUUUUUUAAAUGUAUGUCCAUUGAGAAUAAUUAUGUGCAAUGUUUUAUGUGCCUUUUAUUUGGGUUUGUCUAAAUAAAAGAAAACAUUAAAACAUGAU